AUGGCGUCGAGGGUGCUGCUCCUCUGCGUUUCGGUGGUCCUCGCUGCGGCGGCUGCUGCCGAGGCCAGGGACUUCGUUGUCGGCGGCGCCAACGACGCGUGGAAGGAGCCGGCGCAGCCCGACGCCCUCGCCAAGUGGGCCUCCGCCAACCGCUUCCAAGUCGGCGACAAACUCGUGUUCAAGUUCGACGGUGCGGCGGACUCGGUGCUGGAGGUGACCCGGGACGACUACAACCGCUGCAGCACGGCGUCCCCGCUCGCCGUCCACAAGGCCACCGCCGGCGCCGCCACCGUGCCGCUGCCCCGCUCCGGCCCGUACUACUUCAUCGGCGGCGCCCCAGGGAGCUGCCAGAAGGGCGAGCGCCUCCUCCUCGUCGUCAUAUCCGAGAAGCACGGCCGCGGCCGCCUGCGGGGCCUCGCUCCGGCGCCGGUCCCGGCUGCUGAGUCGCCGUUUGCCUCCAGUUUCGUCGGGGGCCCUGCCGCGGCGCCGGCGCCGGCCACCGGGGCCGCGGGGAGGACGGCGGCUGCCGGGAACACCGGCGCUCUGCUUGUCGGCGCCGUCGCGCUUCUUGGGGCUCUGUUGUUCGGGUGCUAG